AUGAAGUUCUCUCACGCUCUCCUUGGGGCUGGCCUCUUGGGCACUGCUCUGGCAGACAUUGACCCUAUCAUCAUCAAGGGAUCCAAGUUCUUCUACUCCAGCAACAACACCCAAUUCUACAUUCGUGGUAUUGCCUACCAACAGGACUACUCGAGCAAUGGCACCAGCGAUGGUAGCAGCACUUAUAUCGACCCCUUGUCGGACGCCACGCUGUGCAAGCGUGACGUUCCCAUCUUCCAGGAGCUAAACACCAACACCAUCCGCGUUUACGCCAUCGACCCCACCGCCAACCACACAGAGUGCAUGCAGAUGUUGGCCGAUGCCGGCAUCUAUGUCAUCUCCGAUCUCUCUGACCCAUCCCAGGCUAUUGACCGCAGUGAUCCUUCCUGGGAGACCACCCUCUACGACCGCUACACCAGCGUGAUUGACGCCCUGGCACCGUACAACAACACCCUCGGCUUCUUUGCUGGCAAUGAAGUUUCCAACACCGUCGGUACCACCGAUGCCAGUGCCUUUGUCAAGGCGGCGGUGCGGGAUAUGAAGGCAUACAUUAAGGAGAAGGGAUACCGCUCGAUGGGAGUCGGCUACGCAACCAACGAUGACUCCACCAUCCGUGUCAACAUGGCCGACUACUUCAACUGCGAGGCAAGUGACGAGUCUAUCGACUUCUGGGGAUACAACAUCUACUCCUGGUGCGGCGAUUCAUCCUACACCGAGUCCGGGUACAGCGUCCGCACGGAAGAGUUCCGGAACUAUUCCGUGCCUGUCUUCUUCGCCGAGUAUGGCUGCAACGAGGUCACUCCCCGCAAGUUCACCGAGAUCGAGGCCCUGUUUGGAGACCAGAUGAACGAUGUGUGGUCGGGAGGUAUCGUGUACAUGUACUUCCAGGAGGCCAACAACUACGGUCUCGUCUCCGCCGUCGACAGCACCAGCGUCAGCACCAUGGCCGACUUCAAGUACUACUCCAGCCAGAUCAACAACAACGCCAACCCAUCCGGUACCAAUAAGGCCUCGUACACUCCCACCAACACCGCCUUGCAAAGCUGCCCCACCGUCAACAGCAAGUGGCUCGCCAGCGCCAGCCCCCUCCCGCCGACCCCCAACGAGCAGCUCUGCACCUGCAUGAGCAACGCCGCCUCGUGCGUUGUCAAGGACUCUGUCAGCAGUAAGGACUACGCCGACCUAUUUAGUCUUAUCUGCGGCUACACCGACUGCACCGGCAUCGCUCGCAACGCCACCACAGGCAGCUAUGGCGCCUACGGCAUGUGCACCCCCAAGCAGCAGCUCAACUUCCUGCUCAACAAAUACUACUCCGAGCAGAGCUCUGCUUCCUCCGCGUGCAGCUUCGGCGGCUCGGCCACUGUCACCUCCGCUACCAAGGCGACCGGUGCCUGCAGCUCCCUCAUGAAGGAGGCCGGCACCGCGGGUACCGGCACCGUCACUUCCAAGCCCACCGGCACCGCUGACUCGUCCGGCUCAUCUGCGUCUUCGACUAAGUCGUCCAGUGCGGCUAUUGCUCUUACGCGCGGCACUGCCGUGACUGUUGGCUCUUUCGAGCUGGGUGUGUAUGCCAUCACUGCGCUGUUGACUGCAGUCGGCAUGGUCAUGCUAUAA